UGUUGUUGCAUCUUUGCCUCUGCCUCUGCCUCUGCCUCUGACUGCUCCCCUGUGCCGUGGCUGUAUCGCUUCGCCGCUGGCCGAUAUAUAUCAUCAUCCGCUGUCUCGCCCCUCCGGCCUCAUUUCUCCCUCUCUUUCUCGAUCUGCAUCUGUCUCAUCCGCAUCAUGGCUUCGCUGCACUCGCUCCGAUGCACCCGCACCCUGUCGAGCUUGCUUCGCUCGUCUGCCUCGGGGUUGCGCUCUGUUUCGACCAAAAGCCCGUUCGCUGCCGUUUCGCAGAGCCAUCUCGCUGCGUCUAUUCGCCCGUACUCCUCCAUCGAGGGCGGUCGUUUGCCCCUGCACCGGCUGCGUGCUCUCCUGGUAGCCCGCAAGAAUCUCGGCGUCAAAGGCAAGAACGCAACAGGUACCUCCGGCAAGGAAGGCUCCGGCUCUAACCUCGGCGACAAGCUGACAACCGCCGCCCAGCUGAUUUUGGUCGCCACCACGACCCUGGGCAUCUUGGCCGUGUGCUUCCCUGAGCAGACCUCGCAGAUCCUCAAAGACUACAAGGAUCGGCUCACCAGCCAGCGACACCAGGGCAUCCUGGAGUUUCUCCAAUCGUCGCGUCGCUAUAUUGGGAACUCGGAUGACCAGAAGCUGACGCUGCACCCUGCCGAGGCCGAGGACAUCAAGAACACCCUGCUGACCGCCCCGAUUUGCCGAUACGGCAUCUUGCGCGGCCCAUCGGGCUGUGGCAAGUCGCGGCUCCUGCGCAACCUGGCCGAGAAUCAGCAAUAUGUCGCAUACCUCUCUCUCGGUCUAACGGCUGGCGGCGUCCAUAACCUCGUCGAGGAGAUGGCCGAGGAGGUCGGCUACGACUUUGACGACUGGACCCAGCGCGUGAUCCAGAGCUACUUCUUCACGGGCCAAGCCUCGGUUGGCCCCAUCGACCGACUGGCGAUGCUUUUGGAUGAACUCGAGGAGGCUGCCUGGAGCCUCAAGUUCGACCCAAAAAACACCGAAAAGCACCGCCUGGCCCUCUUUAUCGACGAUCUGGACUCGAUUCAGGUCCAGGAUCCGCUCUGCCAAAAGGCCCUGUCGCUGCUGUUCUCGGCCGCGCACAAGUGGGCUCGCGAGGACACCAUGACCAUUAUCUUUGGAUGCAGCGACCAAUUCUACGAGAAUGCCAUCGUCAAGCAUGUGGACUCGUACUUUAGAGAGAGCGCCAAGAUCGUCAACGUCGGUCCCCUGGAUCCUAAGAAUGCCCACGAGUUCCUGAGAUCGAGGAUUCCUGCCAUCACACCCCACGAGUCCGUACUGGUCCAGACUGCUGUCGGUCGGCGUCUGUCGAGCCUGACUCGUAUUUCAGAGGAGGUCUCCAAGAACCACAAGACGAUCGAGUCAGCCAUCGCGACCGAGCUCAAUGCCGCCUACCAAAAUCUGCUCGUGGUCCUAAACGACACUCAAAACAACCUCACCGUCAAGGAAUCGGCGGCUCUCCUCAAGUACCUCGAUAGCCUCGUCAGCUCCACCAACAAAAUUGUACUCAAGUCGGAUGACGAUGCCCUCAAGCUUGCCCGCGAACUCAAUGUCCUCAAGUUUAUUCAGCCCCUCGUGACCCAGUCCGUCCUGAACUCGGAUGGCGCCUUUACGAGCGAGAGCUACGCACUGGCUUACCUCAAGUUCCGCGGAACGUACAGCCGACGAAACGAAAUCUUCCAGCUCUGGAAGUAAUGGAACGAAACAUACAUCCUCAUCCUCCUCCGUCUCCCCCUCCACUGAACGCAACAGAGAGGGGAGGGCAAAUGGACGCCCACCUCAUACUAUCAGCGCGCAGACGAGUGAACUGGGUUAUAAUGCCUCAACAACAAACAUGUAUCGAUCCUGUCGCCGGAACAGCUACAGCUGCAGUGCAUGGUCGCAGCCAUGUGGAAGGUUUCUGUAUAUGUCGGUAAUCGUGAUGUGCUUGAUUUCGGGAAUCGUGAAUAUACUCGGUCGAUAUCCUGUGGCG